CUCACUAAUGGGCUGAGGGUCAUGAAUGGGAACUCAGUUGAUAUGGUAUCUUCAGGGAAGCUAAGCUUUGCAGGAGAAAUCAGUACAGAGGUUCCCUACCCUCAGGAAGAGAUGCAGGACCAGGCAAUGAGGAAAUGGGGUGAAAGAAGGGAUAUGGGGGAAAACUUAUUUAUCAGGCUUUGAUGAAUGAGACUUCGUUUCCCUUUUCUGCUUGGUGAAUAAGGAUGAUAUUUGUACCAAAUAUCAAAUCUAGCUGAUAAGUAUGAGAAGGAGAGCAGAGUCCAACGAGCAUUAUCUCCUCACUUCCCCAAGUUCAUGGAAAACCAUUUGUGAGAACAAGACAUGGCUGGAACUACAACUUGGGUGAGGCAUGUCAGCUUGGUGGUACAGACCCAACUAGAGAACAGGCACUCCCCUGCCUGAGUAGUUUUAGAUGUGCUUUCCAGUAGGAUCUUGUGCUGCACCACACCUUGCAGGGUGGUGCAGUGGUAGGCCUCAGGCAGUCAGCCAAUGACCGCAUGAUUUCAGAAUCUGACUCAGCGUUUGAGUAACUCCUCUCUUCCUGUGGGCAUUUCCAUGGAAGGACUCAUCUCCCACGUGCCUUCCUCUUCCACACUGCCUGGGCAUCAGCAGCGAAGGGAGGGGGAGUAUUGAGAAAACAGGAGUGAUAAGCUCCUUGCUCUCAGUUCCUGUGCCUGGACCCAGAUCUGGCAUGGCCCCGAGCAGCCAAGAAAAUUGAAGGGAGUGUCCUGCUCAGCCCUAGACUGGAGUAUCUUCAGCGUAGAUGGAAUUAAGCUGUGAAGUUCUGAGGCUGAAGCUAAGGCACACAGAGCAGCACUUGUUUGCCCAAGAUCAAUGGCAGAGCCAAGAACCAGAACCCACGUUUCCUGAUGCCCAGAUUGAUCUGUCGUCUGAGGCUCACCAUUUAAAAGAUGAGAUGGCUGCCAUUUCUGGCACAUAUGAAAAGGAGAUGCCUGCACCUCAGGAACAACUAGAAGUGAGCAGUUGUGGCAAGAUGAGAACUGAAAUCAGCGGACACAAGAAUGCUCAAAUGGAAACCAGAUCCCAAAAAAGACAGGAGGAGCUGGAUACUGUACUCCUGAAGAAAGACGAGGACUUAAAGAAUUUAAAACUUCUUGUGGCCCAGAAGGAAACAGAUUUGCAAGAGCUGAAAACCCAAAGGACAUUAUCCUCAAUACAGCUGGAUCUAGCCAUGAAAGAGCUUGAGGAGCUAAAUAAAAACAUCCUGAUGUCUCAAAGAAAGUAUGAAGAGGAAUUUUCCCAGCGACUGAAAUUGCAGGACCAGGUACUGCAACUCAAACACCAGCUGGAGCAUCAAAAAGAAAAUUGUUUACAGGGAUCCAAAGAGAUGAGACAGAGGCUUGCAUGGUCAGAAGUUCUCAUACUCCAACUAGAAGGAAAACUCCAGGAAUUGAGCAAUCGGGACUCAGAUUCAAUGGCAAAAGUUCAGAAAAUUCGAGAAACCAAUGAAGCGGAGGUGAAACAAAUCCAAGAGGAAACUGCAACAGCCUACCAUCAAAAUUUUCUGGAGUUACAAAUGAGGUUACACACUGAUCGAGUCAUGCUGGGGAAAAUGCAAGAGGAGAACCAGUGCCUGAACCAGCGAGUUGAUAUGCUGACAGUUGAAGUUAUGGCAUUACAGAAGAAGCUCCUCUCUGAAGAGGCCAACAACAGUGCAUUCAUUGAAAAGCUGCAGUCGGAACACAGGGGGAGACAACAGCACAUUGGGGCUCUGGAGGCCAGGCUAGAGGAAUUACAAGAUCUUCUUCUAGCCAAGAUGAAAGCACUGGAGGCUGUGGAGGAGAAAAAUAUUUCCCUGCAAAAUGAGAUCAGUUUACUUAAAAGCACGUUUGGAGGAGAAAAAGGAAUGGAGGCAACCCAUUUCCAUUUGGCAUCUAACCUGUCAUACUCUGGUCACUCCCCUGUUACCUCAACUCCCAUCAUAGAUGCAUCACCCCAGCCUUCAGAGAACGUGCUCUCACCACAAUCACUUCAGCCUGCUUCUGCAGCUACUAUGAUAAGUGGAAUCACAGCAGCACCCAGACUGGCCAAAUCCGCCAGAGCAGAUCCGACUACACAAAAGAGAGUUUUAGCUCAGGGCAGCACUAACACCGAGUCACCAAAGUGGUCCUGUUCUAGGUCUAGCUCCCUCAGCCUUGACACGAAUACAUUAGGACAAGGUCAGGACUAUUUCAGCUCUUUGUUUGCUGACUCGAAGAAGAAUGCCCAACAUCCCAGACCCUUGGAGAGACAGGGAAGGACACCGUCAGCAGCUGAAGACUACAUCUCUUCUGCAGCCAGGCACAGUGCUAUUGGCAACUUAAAAAUUGCAGAAGUUCAUUCAGGUGGUCAUUUUGUGAAGAUCCUUAACUGUUCCCCUGAUAAAGAAGAGGGCAUUGGGGAGUAUACACUCCAGCAAAAUGUCAACGGCCAUCCAGUAACAGUAUUCAAAUUCCCACCGAGGAUCAGAAUGAAGGCCAAUUCUACUGUAACUGUAUGGACAGCAGAUGCUAAAGUGCCUCAUAAACCUCCAUCAGAUUUUCUUUGGAAGGAGCAAGAUAGGUUUCAAACAGGCCCAGAGUGUACUACCAUUCUUUGUGAACCUAACGGUCAAGCUGUUGCUUGGUACACACCUGUUCAUUGGAACAGAAGGCAAGACUGGAAAGAGCAAGAAGAUGAUGAAUACCUUAAGAGCAGCAAAAAGCCAAUUAUACCAUCAAAAAUGCAAAGAGAUGAAUGGGAAAAGGAACCAGAGUCUGUGAUAAUUGAUACAGAACAGGAAGGGGGUGUCCAAGGUCAAACAGAGGAAAGAGGACCGGUUUUCAUUAAAAGAGAAAAAAAGAUCCCAGCAACCCUGUUCCCUACUCGGAAUUCUUGGUGCCGAAGUCCAGCCUCUCCCACGCACCCUCACUUUUCUCUGCUCAGACCAUUAACCAUGGGCAAUGAUGGCAGCAGUCUAUGCAGGCAGUCCAGGUGUCAGUCAGCAAAACCUGACCCAGCACCAGGCACUCUGUAUGCGGGAACCAGCCGGGGCAGAAACACAGCUACAGGAAGUUUUAAUGGAAAAAGUAGAAGGCUGACCCGGUCAGCAGGGGAGGAGGAAAUGCAAAUCUAAUGAACAAUGGGAUGUCCCAUGGUGUGGGGUCCAAUCAUCAGCUCUUAAGAGAGAGAGAGAGAGAGAGACUGCAACUUGUAAGGAGUCUUAUUGAUUUUGAAAAGGAUGAGCUCAGUCGGAGGGACUUCAGAUUAUCUUCUUCAGGCAGAAGCAGAGGCAAUGGUCUGCUUCAGGUGUUUUCUAAUAGAAAAAAAGGCACUAAUCAAAAAAAAAAGUCUGCUCAUCUUUUAGUUUGGCAUUUACUGAAGAACCUAGAAAGUGCUAAUUUCAUUCUCCACCCUUUGCCACUAGCACUUCUGCAGCUGUUUCUGCUGUUCAUGGGAACACAUUUUGCAAUAGCACAUUGUGUCAGGCAAUCCUACCUCCUGUGAUCAAGGACAUUUGCAUUUAAAGACACUUUCUCAUGACAAAAAUAUACCUUCCUCGUAUGGGUUUGACUGUGUCAGUGCUAUAUAGACAGAGUUGGGAAAGCAUUGAAAGGUUAAAAUACUACUCAGAUAAUAGAAACAGAAACAGAAGUUCAGUUGCUCGCCCAGCCCUGCUGUCUGGCCAUUGGGUGGAAGGGGAUGGUGAAAAGGGCACUCUUAGCUCUUCCCAGAAUUCUUCUGUGGCCCUGUAAGUAGUGGAGGAUGGUAAACAGGACUGGCUUAUCCCAGAGCUGC